GCAGUAGGGCAGGGGACGGGGUGCCCCAGGCAGUGUUCCUCCUGACUUCGAAGAAGUCGAGCGACAACAUUAGACAGGGAGUGCUGGAAAUCAAACGGAACCACGUGUUUACGUUUGUCAUUGGACUGGGCCAAGCUGACAGAGCUGAAGUCAAGCUGAUUGCGACUGAUCCCAUUUUCACGGCAGAAUUUUCCAAUUUCCAGGUGAACGCUGCUGCACAGCAAAAGCUACUGCAAAUGUUUUCGAUGAUAGCCAACCGGGUGAUAGUUCUAGAGUCUGUUGAAAUGAGCCCUGAAGUGCCCAUCAACAGGAGGGACAUUGUGUUCUUGAUUGAUGGCUCUGCCAGUUUGGGAAGAGUUAAUUUUCUUCAAAUUCGUGACUUCAUCUUAAGCAUAGUUGAGAAAUUUGAAGUUGGCCCAGACGCUGUGCAGGUUGGUUUGGUGCAGUACAGCAACAACGCCAAAACUGAAUUUUACUUAAACACCUUCUCAACCAAAGCUCAGGUACUGGGUUUUAUAAGACGACUCAGGUUGAAGAUGGGGAGACCACUCAAUACUGGCGCAGCCCUCGAUUAUGUCUUUAAAACGCAUUUUACCAGCUCCGCAGGAAGCAGGAAAGACAAAGAUAUUCCCCAGCUUCUGGUGCUUAUCACUGCUGGAAAGUCAAAGGAUGAUGUCAAAAUGCCUGCAGAUACGUUGAAGGAAGCUUCAAUCAUGACCCUUGCUAUUGGAGGCAGGAAUGCAGACCUGGCAGAGCUACAAAAGAUUGCUAUUGAUCCUAGUCUGGUCUUCAAUGUAAAGGAGUUUCGAUCUUUGCCACAUGUGCUGGAGACAGUGAUGACACCAUUGUCAGCAUUGACUGGUGUAACCAGAGUUGAGAAGCAACCAACACCGCCACUGAAAGAUGUUCCACCUCCUGUUAAAAAAGGAACUAUUUAUUUACCGAACAAUUGGAAUAAAGUCCACAGGAAGAGUGGUUGUACCACCAAGACAGAUAGGAGAGACAUUGUGUUCCUCGUGGAUGGAACAUUGAACUUCGGUCAUAAAAAUUUUGCCGCCAUCCGUGGCUUUGUGGCAAGAAUAAUUGGAGCACAGGACAUUGGAAGCGAUAGAGUGCGAGUAGGACUGGUACAGUACAGUGACGAUGCAGAAGCUGAGUUCUACCUGAACACCUACUCAACGAAAGCUCAACUUCUGUCUAAAAUAAAACAACUCAGGCCUAAAGGGGGUAGGACUCUGAAAACUGGAGCAGCUCUGGACAAUGUCUCCAGGUACCUUUUUACCAAAUCUGCAGGAGGCAGGAGAGAGGAAGGAGUGCCCCAGUUUUUAGUACACGUCGCUGGUGGCAGCUCGAUAGAUGAUACCAAACAAUCAUCAGAUGCACUGCUCAGAGCUGGUGUGAUGACUUUAGCUGUUGGAGUCGGCAAUGCAGACCAACAGAGGCUUUCAGAGAUUGCUUUAGAUCCUAGUUUGGGUUUCUAUGUGAAGGAGUUCCGGUCCUUACCAGAUAUAGAGCAGAAAGUGUUGCUACAACUCUCAACGCUGACUGGUUUUAAAGUUGUUUCUGAGCUGCCAACUGUUCCCAGCAUCAAAGAGAUGGUGCCAACAAGAGGAGGGGAGGUCUUUACAGGUACCACCAAGGCAGACAGGAGAGACAUUGUGUUCCUCGUGGAUGGAACAUUGAACUUCAGCCAUAAAAAUUUUGCCGCCAUCCGUGGCUUUGUCGCAAGAAUAAUUGGAGCACAGGACAUUGGAAGCGAUAGAGUACGAGUAGGACUGGUACAGUACAGUGACGAUGCAAAAACUGAGUUCUAUCUGAAAACCUACACAACGAAAGCUCAACUUCUGUCUAAAAUGAAACAACUCAGGCCUAAAGGGGGUAGAACUCUGAAAACUGGAGCAGCUCUGGACUAUGUCUCCAGGUACCUUUUUACCAAAUCUGCAGGAGGCAGGAGAGAGGAAGGAGUGCCCCAGUUUUUAGUACACGUCGCUGGCGGCAGCUCGAUAGAUGAUACCAAACAAUCAUCAGAUGCACUGCUCAGAACUGGUGUGAUGGCUUUAGCUGUUGGAGUCGGCAAUGCAGACCAACAGAGGCUUUCAGAGAUUGCUUUAGAUCCUAGUUUGGUUUUCUAUGUGAAGGAGUUCCGGUCCUUACCAGAUAUAGUGCAAAAAGUGUUGCUACCACUCUCAACUCUGACUGGUUUUAAAGUUGUUUCUGAGCUGCCAACGGUUCCCAGCAUCAAAGAGAUGGUGCCAACAAGCCGAGAGGAGGCCUUUACAGAUGUCAUGAAAGCCCAGGGAAGAGACAUUGUGUUCUUAAUUGACGGUUCUACCAAAGUGGAAGCUUCAUUUCCUUCCAUACUGAAGUUUCUUCAGAGUAUAACUCAGGAGCUCAACAUCGGCAGGAACGCUGACCAGGUUGGAGUGGUGCAAUACAGCGAUGACCCCAAGGUUGAAUUCUUCAUGAAUACGUACUCCAAUAAGGAAGACAUUUUGACUGCAGUUCAGAGGAUGAGAUUCAUGGGUGGGAGAGCACUCAAUACUGGUAAGGCUUUGGACUAUGUCAUGAGGCAUAUCUUCACUAAGCCCGCUGGGAGCAGACUUGAUGCAGGUGUUGCACAAAUGCUGGUGCUUCUGACUUCCGGGAAGUCUAGAGAUGAUGUGAAGCAGGCGGGAGAGGCACUGAAGCGAGCUGCAAUUGUGACAUUUGUAAUUGGAGGUAUGGAGGCAGAUGGCCAUGAAUUACAGGAGAUCGCAUAUUCUUCCAACCUGAUGUUUGCUGUGGAAGAUUUCCAGUCCCUCCCUGACAUCAAAAAUCAGUUGCUGAGACCUUUGAAAACAUUAACUGUCGAAAUUGUUAAACUGCCCACCACUGUCACUGAAGGUACCACCAAGGCAGACAGGAGAGACAUUGUUUUCCUCGUGGAUGGAUCAUUGAACUUCGGCCAUAAAAAUUUUGCUUCCAUCCGUGGCUUUGUCGCAAGAAUAAUUGGAGCACAGGACAUUGGAAGUGAUAGAGUGCGAGUAGGACUGGUACAGUACAGUGACGAUGCAGAAGCUGAGUUCUAUCUGAACACCUACUCAACGAAAGCUCAACUUCUGUCUAAAAUAAAACAACUCAGGCCAAAAGGGGGUAGGACUCUGAAAACUGGAGCAGCUCUGGACUAUGUCUCCAGGUACCUUUUUACCAAAUCUGCAGGAGGCAGGAGAGAGGAAGGAGUGCCCCAGUUUUUAGUACACGUCGCUGGUGGCAGCUCGAUAGAUGAUACCAAACAAUCAUCAGAUGCACUGCUCAGAGCUGGUGUGAUGACUUUAGCUGUUGGAGUCGGCAAUGCAGACCAACAGAGGCUUUCAGAGAUUGCUUCAGAUCCUAGUUUGGGUUUCUAUGUGAAGGAGUUCCAGUCCUUACCAGAUAUAGAGCAAAAAGUGUUGCUACCACUCUCAACGCUGACUGGUUUUAAAGUUGUUUCUGAGCUGCCAACUGUUCCAAGCAUCAAAGAGAUAGUGCCAACAAGAGGAGGGGAGGUCUUUACAGGUACCACCAAGGCAGACAGGAGAGACAUUGUGUUCCUCGUGGAUGGAUCAUUGAACUUCGGCCAUAAAAAUUUUGCUUCUAUCCGUGGCUUUGUCGCAAGAAUAAUUGGAGCACAGGACAUUGGAAGUGAUAGAGUGCGAAUAGGACUGGUACAGUACAGUGACGAUGCAGAAACUGAGUUCUACCUGAACACCAACUCAACGAAAGCUCAACUUCUGUCUAAAAUAAAACAACUCAGGCCUAAAGGGGGUAGGACUCUGAAAACUGGAGCAGCUCUGGACUAUGUCUCCAGGUACCUUUUUACCAAAUCUGCAGGAGGCAGGAGAGAGGAAGGAGUGCCCCAGUUUUUAGUACACGUCGCUGGUGACAGCUCGAUAGAUGAUACCAAACAAUCAUCAGAUGCACUGCUCAGAGCUGGUGUGAUGACUUUAGCUGUUGGAGUCGGCAAUGCAGACCAACAGAGGCUUUCAGAGAUUGCUUUAGAUCCUAGUUUGGGUUUCUAUGUGAAGGAGUUCCGGUCCUUACCAGAUAUAGAGCAGAAAGUGUUGCUACAACUCUCAACGCUGACUGGUUUUAAAGUUGUUUCUGAGCUGCCAACUGUUCCCAGCAUCAAAGAGAUGGUGCCAACAAGAGGAGGGGAGGUCUUUACAGGUACCACCAAGGCAGACAGGAGAGACAUUGUGUUCCUCGUGGAUGGAACAUUGAACUUCAGCCAUAAAAAUUUUGCCGCCAUCCGUGGCUUUGUCGCAAGAAUAAUUGGAGCACAGGACAUUGGAAGCGAUAGAGUACGAGUAGGACUGGUACAGUACAGUGACGAUGCAAAAACUGAGUUCUAUCUGAAAACCUACACAACGAAAGCUCAACUUCUGUCUAAAAUGAAACAACUCAGGCCUAAAGGGGGUAGAACUCUGAAAACUGGAGCAGCUCUGGACUAUGUCUCCAGGUACCUUUUUACCAAAUCUGCAGGAGGCAGGAGAGAGGAAGGAGUGCCCCAGUUUUUAGUACACGUCGCUGGCGGCAGCUCGAUAGAUGAUACCAAACAAUCAUCAGAUGCACUGCUCAGAACUGGUGUGAUGGCUUUAGCUGUUGGAGUCGGCAAUGCAGACCAACAGAGGCUUUCAGAGAUUGCUUUAGAUCCUAGUUUGGUUUUCUAUGUGAAGGAGUUCCGGUCCUUACCAGAUAUAGUGCAAAAAGUGUUGCUACCACUCUCAACUCUGACUGGUUUUAAAGUUGUUUCUGAGCUGCCAACGGUUCCCAGCAUCAAAGAGAUGGUGCCAACAAGCCGAGAGGAGGCCUUUACAGAUGUCAUGAAAGCCCAGGGAAGAGACAUUGUGUUCUUAAUUGACGGUUCUACCAAAGUGGAAGCUUCAUUUCCUUCCAUACUGAAGUUUCUUCAGAGUAUAACUCAGGAGCUCAACAUCGGCAGGAACGCUGACCAGGUUGGAGUGGUGCAAUACAGCGAUGACCCCAAGGUUGAAUUCUUCAUGAAUACGUACUCCAAUAAGGAAGACAUUUUGACUGCAGUUCAGAGGAUGAGAUUCAUGGGUGGGAGAGCACUCAAUACUGGUAAGGCUUUGGACUAUGUCAUGAGGCAUAUCUUCACUAAGCCCGCUGGGAGCAGACUUGAUGCAGGUGUUGCACAAAUGCUGGUGCUUCUGACUUCCGGGAAGUCUAGAGAUGAUGUGAAGCAGGCGGGAGAGGCACUGAAGCGAGCUGCAAUUGUGACAUUUGUAAUUGGAGGUAUGGAGGCAGAUGGCCAUGAAUUACAGGAGAUCGCAUAUUCUCCAACCUGA